GUUUACUAUUCUUCGUUUGUAAACUUAUUUAUUCUAAUUUAUAAUGAAUUGUAUUCACAAAAUAACAAAUACUUGUAGAUAUUUUCAUCGGUACGCAAGUAGCAUAUCUAAAAAUAUUGCAGAUUGCACAAUAUACAGUUUAAGUUCAGGUCAUGGCAAGUGUGGUGUGUCAGUCAUACGCGUCUCUGGUCCGCGCACCAAGCAUGCUUUACAAGCUGUGGUCGGUUCUUCUUAUGAGCCGAAAGCGCGUUAUGCCUAUCUCAAAUCUCUCUAUCAUCCUGAAACUAAAGAAAUAAUUGAUAAAGGACUUGUUCUAUGGUUUCCUGGGCCUGCUUCAUUUACGGGAGAAGAUUCAUGCGAAUUUCAAGUCCACGGUUCUCUAGCUGUAAUUGCCGCAAUUCUGGAUGCUUUAGGAAAGGUGCCUGGUCUACGGCCUGCAUCUGCUGGAGAGUUCACCAAACGCGCCUUCUACGGUGGAAAACUUGAUUUAACCGAAGUUGAAGGAUUAGCUGAUCUAAUACAUGCCGAAACAGAGGCACAACGAAAGCAGGCUAUGCUGCAAAGUGUGGGGGCGCUCUCCCGUGUUUAUGACAAUUGGCGCAGACGUCUUAUACGCUGUGCCGCUCAUUUGGAAGCUUACAUAGAUUUUGCCGAAGAGGAAAAUAUUGAAGACGAUGUAGUGCUCCAGUUGAACAAAGAAUUGCGACGUAUUAUUAGUGAAAUUCGUAGGCAUUUGAAUGAUCAGCGGCAAGGCGAAAUGUUGAGAAAUGGAGUACGCACCGCUAUUAUUGGUGCACCAAAUGUAGGUAAAAGUAGCUUCCUGAAUAUGAUGUGUCAACGGGAAGUAGCUAUUGUAACGUCUAUAGCAGGGACUACACGGGACAUCAUUGAAAGUACACAUAAUUUUGGUGGCUACCCUGUCGUAUUUGCCGAUACGGCAGGUUUGCGUAAGCAAACGCAGGAUAUCGUCGAAUUGGAAGGCAUAAAUAGAGCAAAAGAAUGUCUACUCAAUGCUGAUCUAAUACUAUUGCUCACGGACGCCCGUGAACUGUGCGCAAAUAUUACGACCAGCAACGGAACAUGUGACAAAUACCAGUCUACCUACCUACAGCAAUUGGAUUUAGAUGCUAGUAUGUUAACGGGCAAGCGUAUAAAAUUAAUAGCAAACAAAACUGAUUUACUCUCAACGACAGAAUUACAAAAGUUGAUGCAAGUUGAAAAUGUGCUGCAUAUCUCUUGCAAGCAACCAACUGCCAUUCAUAUGGAAACCUUUCUAAAGCACUUUGAAGAAUUGCUAAGCGAGCUCUGCGGUCAACCGUCCGCCGAAAACCCGCGCAUUACACAUACGCGCUAUCGUCAACAGUUAGAGCGUUGCAUCGAACACUUAAAUAUCUUCUUGGAUGAAUAUGCGCCUGAUAUAUUUCCUGAUAUAGCUAUUUCGGCACAAAAACUGCGAAAUGCGCUCAAAUGUAUUGAACGCAUUACAGGUCACGUGAGCUCUGAUGAUAUUUUGGAUGUAGUUUUCAAAGACUUUUGUAUAGGCAAAUAGCGUGACACAGUGAACUGACGCGCAGAUGAGCUCAUAAUGUACUUAUUUGCCGGAUAAAAAUCGACUAUAUGUAUUCUAUAAGCUACUUAAACUACAUUUAUAGAUAAUGCAUUGCAUUUUCUCGCAAUGUGAGUUUUUAUGAAAGAAAGAAAUUAUUCGAAAUCUGAUAGACUUAUAGUGUAAUCAUGUAGUUAUAGUUCUUAUAUUUAAGUUACAAAAUAUGUUUUUGUAAAUUUUUAGUCCUCCGCGGUUUACAGAUGCAAUAAAUUUAAAGUAUUAUAAUGUUAUUUAUGUGGUUGAGAUGUAUACAGCGCUUGAGCAAUUGUGCUCCCAUAAACGCCAUCGGAGAAUCUCACAACAUAUGUCCAGCAUGUGAAGGCAUCCCGCACGACACUAACCACCUUUUUACAUGCCCCAUCAAAUCCACUCAUCUAACACCCCUCUCCCGAUGGACCCAACCUGUCGAAACAGUCUACCGUUAGAUGAGCUAGACGAAGACGACCGGUGAUUUACACUACACCAACCGGGCAAAGUAUACUGCUACAACGACAACAAUCUCACAAAAUAGCGCGAAAGCGGGCUAUCGAGAAGAAUGGAGGCGUAUUGUAGAGGAGGCAAGGAUCCAUCCCGUACUGUAAUGCCAAUAUGAUGAUGAAACGCCAUCGCCCAUCAUAUUAUUUGUAAUAACUGUAUUAACCUGCACGGAACAUGAUUCAAGCUCUAUUUGCAUUACGUGUCAAACUUAUCAGAGGAUAUCAUGUAGAAAAAUGGGAUUGAAACUAAGACUUGAUCUGAUGAGGAAGCUAUAAAGUUUGCUUUUAAGGUGACUGUCCUGGGCCAGGAGCAUUGCUCUGGGCGAAGUCCUGUGUUAUACAACCAACCGAGCAGCGUGCAACUUUUGGAGCACCCUUCAGCUUACAAUGCGACAAAGUGGUGCCCACGACAGUAGAUCCCAUGUUAUUGGAACGACUCUAAUUUAUAGCCGGCCAAAUGCUAUGUCUUCAGCAGCAUUCUCCUAACAUUUGUGGUCACUUUUCAGACUUGGCACAAAGGCACUGCAGUGGUAAGUUAAAAGAGGUUCGAUAAAUUGCGUUGAUUACUCCUAUUCUCGCUUUCAAUUCUCAAUAAUCAUUUAUUUAAAACUUCUGGUAUAUUUUACGCUAAAAUAAGUAGCAAUUAAUUUUUUUUAAUUUAAUAUUUAUUGCAUAAAAUAAAUGUCGUGGAAAAAUUGGUUU